AUGACACUUGCUUGGCAAGGGGCUCCGGCCGGGACAGCCGCCACCUCCGCCUUCGGCCACGGCCGCGCGGACACAAUCACCGGCUUCGUGGACCAGGCGACUCAAGACGAACCUGCCGCCGAGACCGGCCAGAGCUUCCUGUUCGACGUGUCCAGCCUUCCCGACGCUGACGAGGUGGUGGGCGCCGAGCUGCGCGUGCUGCGCCGCGAGUCUCUGGAGCCGGGCCCUGGUGGCGCGAGUCCCGCGCCGCUGCUGCUGCUGUCCGCGGGCGCGGGCCGGGGCCAGGGGCGCAGAGGCAGGAGCCGCUGUAGCCGCAAACCGCUGCACGUGGACUUCAAGGAGCUGGGCUGGGACGACUGGAUCAUCGCGCCUCUGGACUACGAGGCGUACCACUGCGAGGGCGUUUGCGACUUCCCGCUGCGCUCGCACCUCGAGCCCACCAACCACGCCAUCAUUCAGACGCUGCUCAACUCCAUGGCGCCCGACGCGGCGCCGGCCUCCUGCUGCGUGCCCGCGCGCCUCAGCCCCAUCAGCAUCCUCUACAUAGACGCCGCCAACAACGUGGUCUACAAGCAGUACGAGGACAUGGUGGUGGAGGCGUGCGGCUGCAGGUAG